UUCUGGACCCUGGAGGUGCGGGUUUUAACCGGCUCCACUUCCUCCUCGGGUUUUAACCGGUUUUGCCGUCGUCGCGCGUCGGUGAUUUACGACCACCAAAGGCUGGCGUUAAAUGAAGGGGCGUGCACGAACAAAUACACGUGCACGCAGGCCGAUCCCACUCAUUCACCUUUUCUGAAGAGAGCGUGUGGCAGGAGGCGUGCACGUGCGCCGGGACUUGGGAGGGGAGGAGUCAUGCGCGAGGGAAUGCAGAAGGGUCACGAGAGCUGAGCGUGUACAGGUGAUGAACGGGAACUGCAGCCGCGUGGACGCAUUCAGGUUUGAGAAGGAGUCAGGACAAACACUGGAUCAGUCGACUGCGACAGCGAUGCCUUCAAACAAAUACUCUGCAGCUCUGAUGGACGAGAGCAACGACAUGACGGCCACGGCGGCGGUGAACGGGGCCACGCCCCCUGCUGAGGGCCUAUCAGAGAACGACAGUGGGGUGGAGAUGACCAAUGAGAACAGCCCUCUGACGGCUGCAGAACCGCCCUCACCAUUCAGCCCCAAACAGAAUGGAGACGCCACCUCACCUCAGGAUGUGAACCGGUGUCCGAGGAACAGGAAGAGGAGCAGACAGAGGUCUGAGGAGGAGCAGACGAGGAGCAAACAGAGGUCUGAGGAGGAGCAGACGAGGAGCAAACAGAGGUCUGAGGAGGAGCAGACGUGGGAGUCCGACAGUCAGCUGAAGUCCUCUGGAGGUUCUCAGCUCGGUCUGAGACAGAGGCCGCCGCCAAGAACCAUCUUCCAGGCCGGACUGACUCCACACACGACCAGUAAACCACGGCGGCAGAACCGCAAACAGGACGCCAGCGCCGUACAGUGUGGUCCUCGCUCAGCCGGGGUCGGGGCCUCGGGGGUCCCUGAAGCCCCCCGUCUGGACCUGAUAGAACAGGAUUCUAAAGACUCGGCCCAGAGCAGCAGCAGCACCUCAACCGGAUCUGAGACCCAGCCCGAGUACAACGACCAUAAGGGCUUCGGCAUCGGGGAGCUGGUCUGGGGGAAGAUUAAGGGUUUCUCGUGGUGGCCGGGCAUCGUGGUGACGUGGAGGGUGACGGGGAAACGACCGGCCAACCACGGCAUGAGGUGGCUGCAGUGGUUCGGAGACGGCAAGUUCUCCGAGGUUUCAGCGGAUAAACUGGACUCCAUCACAGCAUUUCCAAAGUUCUUCAGUCAGGCGUCGUAUACGAAGCUGGCGUCGUAUCGUAGAGCCAUCUUCCAGGCUCUGGAGAUGGCGUCCGUCCGGGCUGAGAAGACGUUUUCCUCCGUGUGA